AUGGGUCUUCACCUGUUCCAUACACCCACACACAGAAAUAUGAAAGAAAGAAAGAAACGGAAGAGGGAAGAGGGAAGAGGGAAGAGGGAAGAGAGAGUCGCACCAGGAGAAGGGAAGGGGGGAUGUCCGCAGCGCCACUGCGUCGUCGUCACCUUAGAGUCUAUCGUUUGUCGCUGCCCAAUUGCCGUUUUGCCUUCUAUCAAGCUGGUUCAUUUCAAUUUUUCACGUUUUCCUUCCUCCCUGCCUUCUCUCUCCGUUGAAGAUGUCACGUCCUCCGCUGUCACCGCCGCCGCGGCUCGCAUCGCACGAGCUCCCUCCGUCGCCCUCAUCGCGUUUGCUCCCUUCGUUGCCAUCGUCGUACGACCUCUCUCCGCCAUGCUCUUGUCUUACGAGCUCCUUCUGCGCCGCUCUCGUCGCUGCUUCUUCUCUCCUCGCCGGAGAUUUGAUGGAUACACAGCCGAAAAAUCAGAAAAAAUGGACGAAGACAUCAAAAUUAUUGAAGAUCUAAGGCAAAGCAAUGAUUAUUUAAGGGCUCGCCAAGAUGCUACUCAUGUGAUUGCAAACUUGCAAAGGCAGCGGAUCAAUUCACAGAUAAUAGCUUCCCAAUACCUAGAAAAAAAUUUGGAUCUCGUGGAUAUGCUAAUUAAUGGUUAUGAACAAGAUGGUGACAUUGCUUUGACUUAUGGUGCGGUUGCAAGAGAGUGCAUACGCCAUCAGUGUGUUGCUAGACAUGUCUUGGGAUCAGAUCACAUGAAGAAGUUCUUUGACUAUAUUCAACUGCCGAAUUUUGAAAUCGCCUCAGAUGCUCUUUCAACUUUUAAAGAGCUAUUAACAAGGCACAAAUCCACCGUCUCUGAAUUUCUUUCCAAGAAUUAUGAUUGGUUUUUUGAAGAGUACAAUACUCGAUUGCUAGAAUCUAACAGUUAUUUCACUAGACGACUUGCCAUUAAGUUAUUGGCGGAUAUGUUACUGGAUCGCUCCAAUUCUGCUACAAUGGUUCGGUAUGUGGCCGAGUAUUACUCUCCUCGAGCAAAGGAACGGUGGUGCUUGUCUUUGUAUAAUAAUGUUGGGCAUCAUGCACUUGGUGUUUUCCCUUAGGCAUCUAUGGAUGCAUGGCAGUGCGACAUAUGUGGUUCUAAAUCUGGAAGGGGAUUUGAGGCAACUUUUGAAGUGCUCCCUAGACUUAAUGACAUCAAAUUUGGUAGUGGAGUAAUUGAUGAGCUUCUCUUUUUGGAGUUGCCACGCGAACAAAGAUUUCCUUAUGUUAAAAUUUUUGGAAAGCAACGAGGGUGAUCCUGAGUUACUUGUUUUCAUUCUAUUUACUUCAGAUGUCAAAAUUAAAAGCAUAUCCAUAGUAGGCGGAGCUGAUGGGACAAGUCCUACUAAAAUGAGAGCGUAAGUUGUUUGGUUUUUUGGAGCAGCUUUUCCAUUUAGGUGCCUUCCCUUUGCAAGUGGAAUUUGGUAGUAAUUCCUGAAAAUAAUGUUUUAAGUUCAUAGAUAAGUAUUAGCCACCACAACUUUUUGCUCUUUUAGAUUUGCCUUGCUGCUUUAUUGAGCUUUUGAUUGCUCUUUUGGACUUGUCUUGCCUUACUUGACAGAUGCACCAAAAUGAUUCAAUAUAUACUAGCUAAAUUGUGUAUCCCAAAACGCUUUCAGGUAGUCCGCAAAAACGAUCCUUUAGGAAGAGAUGUUGAACUCUUUCGUCGGCAUUAUUAUGCUCCAGGUUAAGUUGGUCCAGCCUCUAUGGGUAUACUCCUGCUGACUGAUCGAAAGUAGCGUUUUUGUCUAAUGGUUUAUUUGUCGAGGAGAUGUAUUUGUCAAUGGCUCUGAGAAAGUCACCAUCAUGUAAUCUAAAAGGAAUAGGAUCAAUAUAAAAUCUUGUUUGUUUAAAUUGUUGAAAAUGAAGGAACUAGUAGUGUCAAUGAGUAAUGUAAAUAGUUAUAGUUCUGGCAAUAGUUUAUUUUUUUGGGUACCUUUUUAUGAUAGUCAGA